AUGGCGAUUUUAUCACACAAGUCAGACUCGACACAGAGCGAGCUUGAACAUAACGAAUGUCCUCGCGGCCAUGGGACGGACGUUGAUAACCUCCAAUCACUAGGCUACAAGGAGGAGCUGCGUCGUAACCGGUCCAUGUUUACGUUAUUGUUCCAGUCUCUUGCUGUAGCGGCUAUCCCGUAUGGGUUUGGCUCGACGCUUAUAAGCGCAAUCUACGGCGGAGGCUGGGUUGUGGUUUGCAUUCUCGAUGAAUGUAUUGCAAUCUCCCUUGGGGAGCUCGCAGCAAAGUAUCCUACAUCUGCUGGUCCAUACUAUUGGUCGCAUCAGAUUGCCGAUCCGCGAUACAAGACUAUCUUGUCAUUCAUAACGGGUUGGACCUGGCUAAUCGGAAACUGGACCAUUACGCUGUCUGUCAACUUUGGGUUCGCGUCGCUACUUGCGGCUACCGUCAACAUUUACGAGCCCAACUAUGAGUGGCAGCCAUGGAAGCUAGGCCACGAAGAUAUUACCUUAUCUGGCUGGGGCGGUUUCUCGUUCUUCAUCGGCAUUCUGCCUCCAGCUUAUACAUUCUCUGCUCUCGGUAUGAUUACAUCAAUGGCUGAGGAAUGUGGCGAUGUGACUAUCAAGCUUCCCCGUGCUCUUUCACUCGCGGUGCCAGUCGGCUUCGUGGCGGGCCUGUUCUUCAUUAUUCCUCUAUGUGCGACCCUCCCUGACUUGGCCGACGUACUGAACGCGCCCCUGGGCCAAGCUAUUCCUUAUGUCUUUCUUCGCGUCCUGGGAAGCCCCGGUAGUGCGAUCGCGCUCACGACGCUGAUUCUUGUUAUCACGGUGUUCUGCUCCAUCUCUAUUACCGUCGCCGCAUCCAGAACAACUUGGGCCUUUGCUCGUGACAAUGCCAUUCCUGGUGCUAGGUUGUGGUCCAAAGUCAAUGAGAAGCAUGACACGCCCAUCUGGGCUUUGACGCUCACGACAUUGGUUCAAAUGCUUCUCAGCCUUAUCUACUUGGGCUCGAGCUCCGCAUUUAACGCAUUUACGUAG